AAAAUAUAUUUACUGCAAAGCGGAACAUUCUUUUGGUGGCUUAUAUGCUCGUAUUUUUGCUUGUGAAGCAUUUAGAAAAAACUCGCAAAGAAUAAAGUAUCAGAGACUGAAAUAUGAAGUUGUUUUGGUUGGGUAUUGCCCUCCUUUGUUUCAUGCUGACAGAUAACAUAUCUGCAAUAAAAAAAAUUGCGUGCGAGCAUCGUCGAUUGCAACUCUCCUGCGCUGCUCGUUACUAUAUAGAUGUUCAACAUGCAAAUUAUGGACGAAGAAAUCACCAUACAUGCCGUGGAGCACAAUGGUGGAGAGUGCCUUGCAUCGCUCGCCACUCCCUCAUCAAAGUCAAGAAAGCAUGCCAAGGGAAGCAACAGUGUUCUCUGCAUGCGUCCAAUAGUGUUUAUGGAGAUCCCUGUCGCGGAUCUAAUAAAUACCUAGAAGUUAAUUAUCGUUGUGUGAGGCGAAAACCAAGAAAUGUAGCAUGCGAAAACCAUCGGUUGAAUUUGAGGUGUCCAGCUGGAAAGCGUUUACACAUUUAUUCGGCAAUUUAUGGCCGAGAAACAGAUUACUGCCCGGGGGUAAAUAUGCAUAAAAGAAAGUGUAGUUCAAAAACAUCAUUCACCGUUGUAAGGCGUGCCUGCCAAGGAAAGCAAUCUUGUACUCUACAUGCUUCAAAUAGAAUAUAUGGUGAUCCUUGUCAUGGUGUUUACAAAUACUUGAAAGUUGAUUACAGAUGUGUUGUGAGAAAACCUUCUAACGUCGCUUGUGAACAUCAAACAUUGAGCCUUCGAUGCUCCCGUGGAAAGGUGUUAAAAAUACGAUCGGCCAAUUAUGGUCGCACAACAGCUUUGUAUUGCACUGGCGCCAAUAGUCACGUAAGAAACUGCAAAGCGCCUUCAUCGUUAUCAAAAGUCCGUGCUGCAUGUGACAAUAAUCCAUCCUGCUCACUGCGUGCAUCAAAUGGUCUGUUUGGCGAUCCUUGUCGAGGGGUGUACAAAUAUUUAGUUGUUACCGCGAAAUGCAUCACACGAUCACCUCCCACCACAACUACUACUACCACUCGGCCCACAACAACAACAACAACAACAACAAGAUCAACAAUUGCUACAACUACGCCAACAACGACCACAACUACGCCAACAACGACCACAACUACGCCAACAACGACCACAACUACGCCAACAACGACCACAACUACGCCAGCAACUACAACUACAACAACUACCACCCAACCACCACCUGGUUCUCCAAUGCAUAAGACAUCAUGUCCUGGACAAAUAAUGCAUCUCAAUUGUCCUUUCGGAACAAAAAUAAAGAUUUCAGAUGGUAACUACGGCCGUUUAUCUAAAUCCAUUUGUCCUGACGCAACUUCUGGCUAUACUGAUACUUGUACGUCAAAAACAUCAAAAGCUCGCAUGAUUUCUCUUUGUAAUGGAGAACAGUCUUGUUUAAUUCCUGCAACUUUAAAACUUUUUGGUGAUCCAUGUCCAGGCGUGUCUAAGUAUAUAGAAGUUGACUACCAAUGUGUCGCUUACACAAUGCAUCGUCAUACCGCCUGUGAAGGGAGCGUGGCACGUCUUCAGUGUGCCACAGGAAAGGGCAUCAAAGUUUUAUCAGCAAACUAUGGUCGAUUGAGCACUGCCAUAUGCCAUGGUGCAAACUACAUCAACACCAACACAUGUCGUGAACCGACAACAAAGUUAAAGGUGGCCAAAUUUUGUGACAACAAGAACAGCUGUGAAGUUAGGGCUAACAGCGCAGUGUUUGGUGACCCUUGUAAAAGCAUCUAUAAGUAUCUUCGUGUCAUUUAUGCUUGUGUAUAGCAUGGCGAGCAUUAACCAUUCUACUGAUUUGGUGAUUUCGUACAAAUGACUUUAUUAUUGCUGUGUGCGCCUCUCUGUAAAUGUGUUUUAUAUUAUUCAUCCAUAUAUAUUAUGUAGUCUCGUUGGAUGGUAUCAAACAAACAUUUUCAUUCCGUUA